GGGCCGCCGCGGUCAACGUCAUCCGAAUCCAGCGAGAUAAAAUCACAAUGGUCGAAAGCGCAGAGUACGGCUGAAGCUCAUAAACAUGUGGGGAAAGCAAACCAGGACCCCGUAAGGGCUGAAAAGGCCAAGAAGGAGGAGAUAUUGCAAGAAAAGGAGAGAGACUUUAAAGUGAAACACAUCGGUCUGGUGGGAGUGCUGUUGUGGAUAUCUUGUGCUAAUAUCCGUGCUCGUUCGUCUGAUAGCAUCUUGCAUCUCGUCGGUAUAUACUUCUUCACCAAAGGAUUUUUAUUAACUCGACUGGUCCUCCAAGACAAGUCCAGUUGCGGGGUGCUCCCGUUUGAUGAACCUGAUGCAGCAGCAUUGAGCCCACGAUCGAAUAUUGGAAACCCAGAGAAGGGAUGUUGGCACCCGAAGACUUUCGACAAGGCCAUCUUCAUCAUAAUCGAUGCCCUUCGCUAUGACUUUGCCGUUCCUUUCCACCCGACAGUGGAAGGUGAACGGCCACAUCUCUUCCAUAAUAACAUCCCUGUCCUGUAUGAGACGGCAGUGCAGAGCCCCGAAAACGCACUCUUGCUGCCAUUUAUUGCAGAUCCUCCCACAACAACGCUGCAACGGUUGAAAGGCUUGACUACCGGCACACUGCCCACCUUUGUAGAUGCUGGCUCCAACUUCGCAGGCACAGCGAUCGAUGAGGACAAUCUAGUUGCACAGUUACAUGCAGCCGGCAAAACCUUGGUCCAUCUAGGUGACGAUACUUGGCAUUCUCUGUUUCCCGACUAUUUUCAUCCCAACCUUACCCACCCCUUCGACUCCUUCAAUGUAUGGGACCUACAUACCGUGGAUAAUGGCGUGAACGAGCACCUUUUCCCACUGCUACAUCCGGACAAUGCAACGAAAUGGGAUGUCAUAUUUGGGCACUACCUCGGUGUCGAUCAUGCCGGCCAUCGGUACGGCCCAGAUCAUGUUGCCAUGGCGGCGAAAUUGAAGCAAAUGGACCAGGUAAUACGAGAUCUCAUCAAACUGAUUGACGACAAGACGCUUCUCGUCGUUAUGGGAGACCAUGGUAUGGAUUCCAAGGGAGAUCACGGAGGCGAGUCGGAUGACGAAGUUGAGGCCGCGUUGUGGAUGUACUCCAAGAAGGGCGUUUUCGGUCGCACGAAUCCCGAUUUCAUCCAUCCCCCGAAGAACGCAAAGGAACGUCCUAUUCCGCAGAUUGACAUUGUUCCCACCUUGUCUCUGCUGCUGGGCAUGCCGAUACCGUUUAAUAACCUGGGUUCACCAAUCGAGGAGGCAUUUGCCGGACGCGCAGGCUCUGAUUUCAAGAAUCUGGCGACUGUCAAUCGCCUGACAUCAGCCCAGAUCAAGAGAUACCAACAUCGAUAUGCGAUCGCUCGGGGUGUUGAUGACAGCCAGACUUCAGGGCCACUUUCUCUAUGGUCGCAAGCGGAGAACGAGUGGAACAAACUGGCGAAGUCGGGAUAUUCAAACUCUGAUAAACUACGGUCGGUCUACAAUGCGUACCGAGAAUACCAACGUGAUACUCUGAGCGUGUGUCGCGGCCUGUGGGCGAGGUUCGAUGUACCCAGCAUGAUUCAGGGAAUUGCGAUCCUUUUCGGAGGAAUAGUGUUGUUGAUCCUCUACGCCAGAGGGUUACGGGCUGACCGGACGAACUUCAAUUCCUUUUUACUUCCGAGAAUCGGGCUGGGAGCUGGUCUGGGUACCGGUGCUGGUCUUCUCUGGAAGUAUGCUGGGCCGGAGGAUUCACUUAUUUUCGAGAAUGUCCUGCUAGGCGCCGCCGUAGGCAGCAUGCUAGGUGCCGUAUCAACCGUGUUCUGGAUCCCUUCAGGGUUCAAGUCGCCAUUUCCGAAUUCCCUCUGGGGCUGGCUUGCCGUUAUUUUCACAGUUUCUCAGUCCAUCGGAUUCGCAUCAAAUUCGUAUACCAUAUGGGAGGACCAGAUCCUGCUGUUCUUCCUCACUACCUUCGGGGUUCUUGCAGGCAUCUCCUCGAUGCGUCAGAAGUCGACAUCCGACCGGGUUCUGGGAGUAUAUCAUUCCAUACUCUUCGUCAUUCUUGGAAGAUUGGCGUCAUUCUCUCGCCUGUGUCGCGAGGAACAGAUGCCUUACUGUCGCUCUACCUACUAUGCUUCCAGCACAUCCUCAACUUCAGCCCCGUGGCAACUCGUCAUUCCGUUCUUGGUUUCACUUUUCCUGCCAGCCGUCAUACGGUCCUUUUAUGCCGGAUCAAAGUCCUACGAGGGAUCUGCGACAUUAUGGAUCGGGUUUGCUCUGCGUGUCGGACUGUUCAUGACCGCGAUCUAUUGGACGCUAAAUGCAGCGGACGACGGAGAGUGGUUUACUUUGGGUAAAGGUACUCUGAAAUCAAUACGAGUUAUUAUAGCUCAACUGGUGCUUGCGAUCGCUUUCGCUGCGGGAACGACCACGUUCGUCUGGGCGAAGCCCUGCGUGAGUAUCAAUGUGACACCAGGGGGAGUCUCUCCCGACGGCGAGAAAUCGGGACAACAGCCGGGGAGGACGACGGUGACGAUUCUGGGAUUCGCCAAUGUCCAUGGAACGCGUUUCUUCCUGCUGGUCAUCAACUUCUGUCUCGCUAUUACCCUGGUGCAGAAGCCCAUGGGACAAGGCGCGAUUGCAGUGCAGCUGUGGCAGAUUCUCUCGCUGCUCGAGAUUCUCGACACGAACGGGCUCUCAACCAGUAACUCGGCGAUUGGGCCCAUCGUUCUGGGCCUGCUCGGGUCAUUCCACUUUUUCAAGACCGGCCACCAGGCCACGCUGAGCAGCAUCCAGUGGGACAGUGCUUUUGUCGCCCUUUCAACGGUACAGUAUCCGUGGUCGCCUCUUCUUGUCCUGCUCAACAGCUACGGUGCACAGAUCCUUGCCGCCGUGGCAGUGCCCCUCACGGUCCUGUGGAAACGGCCCAUUGACACCGAAGGCCGCAUCCCGAUGCAGUUGGUCUCUACUACACAGUCGUCGUCGACGUCGUCGUCGUCGUCCAACAGCCCCAUGCUACGUCUGCUUUCGGACGUGGUCCAGACAGCGUCAACGCACUUGUUGUACUACGCGACCAUCAACCUCGCGACCACCAUGUGGGCUGGCCAUCUGCGGCGGCACCUGAUGCUCUAUCGUAUUUUCAGCCCUCGCUUCAUGAUGGGAGCCACUGUUUUGGGAGUCGUGGACCUGGUUGUCACGCUCAUUGCCGUUGGCGCAGUGCGGUGCAACACGGUGAGCGUGGCGGAAGUUUUUGGGUGGUAG